AUGGCUGAAAUAUUGUCAGCAAAAUGUUCGCACUGCAAACAGUUGGGGAUUGCUCAAUGCGAUGGAUGUUCCACUCUUUUGUGUUCAACACAUUUUCGCGAGCAUCGUCAACAUUUAGAUACCAAGUUCGCGCAAUUAUGGCACGAUAGAAGCAAUCUACCACAUCAUAUUGUGGAUAAUACAUCAAAGAUCAAACAGCACCAACUUAAAGGUCUUCUCGGUGAUAUCAAUCAAUGGGAGGAACAAGCAUUGGAAAGUAUCAAACGAAAGGCAGAUCGUGUACGAAGUCGUAUCAAAGAAUUGAUGGCAUUGAGAGGUUCUAACAUCAAAACUGACUUAGAUCAAAUUUCUCAGGAAUUAAGGAAGUGUAAAACCGAUAAUAAUUACUUCGAAAAAGAUAUCAAAAACCUAAACGAAAAACUCAAUCAAAUUCAAAUCGAUCUUAAUGUACAUAAAUCUCAUGCCAAAAUGAUUCUGCCACCAAUCAAAAUGGUCAUACCACCAAUCAAAUUCAACUCACAAAUUCAAACUUCCUUCGAACAUGAUAUUCACAUCGAGAAGGAAUAUUUCCCCAAUGGAACACUUUUAUGUCACGAACAUCAAAUUAAACUCAACGAAUUUUAUGGAAAACGAAAUCAAAAAUGGCGUCUUGCCUAUAAAGCUACACGAGACGGGUUUUCUAGUACUGAUUUCUAUCGGUGUUGUGAUAGCAAAGGUCCAACAUUAACUGUCAUUCAAUCAUCAAGUGGACAUUUAUUUGGAGGAUUUUCAUUGACUAAUUGGAAAAGCCAUGACAAUUGGCAAUGGCUCACAGACAAGGAUGCAUUUCUGUUUACUUUAAUUAAUCCACAUAAGAUAUUGCCUACUAAAUAUCAAAUAAAUGCUAAAGGUCAAAAUGCAAUCGGUUGCAAAGCAAAUAUGGGACCAACAUUCGGUCUAUGGGACAUUUGUGUUUAUUCAAAUAGUAAUGAAAAUGCUCGUAGUCAUAUUUUGUUUCCUAAUGAUUAUAUUGACUCAACUGGCAAAGGACGUCUCACAUUCACUGGUUCACAUUAUUUCAAAUCUGUUGAAAUUGAAGUCUAUAGUCUGAAGCAAAACUGA